AGGCUGCCUACAGUAGGUAGGCUUUCCUUACAUAACCCACCGAGUUAGGUCACUGGUCAGUUAAAGGUAACAUCGGUUUCAGCAUCAGCGUGAUCAGUCAGAGAAAUCACGAGAAAAAUCUUAUCAGCCUCGAUUCAUCUUUUCCCCGCCACUAUCACAGAACUCCACCGCCAAUCCGACGCCUGUAGCGUCCUGUUGUUGCCCUACCUUGCCCUUGCCCAUGCCUGCUGCAGUUUGGUUAUCGUCGGUUAUGAGCAGUCAAUUGCCUGCACAGUGACGCUGUUGAAGUUUUCUGUAAUCUGCCGAAUAGAUUUUCUUUCACUUCAACUGUUUUCUCUCACAUUCCUUUCGGUGGUUGUGUGCUUUGUCUUGUCUCACUGAUUCCCUCUAUAGCACGCGUUGUAUCUCUACAUAUGAAUUCACCCCAGCGAUCACAACCUUGAUAGUGUACAGGUUUCGCGUCAUUACCCUUGUUUGCGAUGAGCGGGCGAAACAAACAACCUCCUUCGACCUGGGACGCAUACGAACGUGGUCGAGCCUCGUCCUUUGGUUCCCUAGAAUCCGUGCCUGAACAUGAACAGCAGUACGCGGUUUCUCCGUCAGGUUCACCUCACACUCACAACGGUUUCCCACAACGCCAUGGAUCGGAAGAUCAGGGUCCAGAAUUGAGAAGGAGAUCCUCUAUAGGAAGACGAUUCGACAGUCUCAGAUACAGAGGUGGUCCGAACAGCAUUGAUAAUUUCGCGAAAUCAUUGCAAAGGGCCGCUGGAUUCCGAGAGAUUACACCCAUACGGAGAGGCUCUAUCACAUUUGGUGAUCAAGAUCAAGAAGUUGAAGCCGGACGAGCCGAACGAGCCGAACAGAGCACGACAGAACCCAACAGGUCAUUGCUGAGACAACAGCUGCACGACUAUGACGUUUCGCAGUCAGACGACCCUGCUGUACAAGAUGGCACAGAGACACCAACUCCCAGCGAACAAUCUAGACUGCUGCCCCAGCCGAGCCACCAGUCGAUGAAAUCCAUUAGUGGUCCAGGGUACGAUCAUUUGAGGCUCCCAAGUGUGCUUGGUACUAGUUAUGGUAGCAUAUCUUCACGCUUGACAAGCACCGCUCGAGAGAGGGCAUCGAUACUAUUUCGAGAGCACGAGGAGGCCAGCAGACGAGCCCUGGAACAUCCUGAGGAAUUCAAAGAUGAGCCGCCGGUUACACUAGAACGAGAUGUUUUGCCGGACGGCGAAGUGAUCGAACGAACUAUUGGCGAGUCCACCGUGCCGAUGACAGUGUUCAACUCAACGAAUGUCCUCAUCGGCGUUGGAAUUCUGGCUCUCCCACUUGGUAUAAGAUAUGCUGGUUGGGUCCUUGGGUUGUUAUUCCUGACACUUGCUGCUAUCUCCACCUCCUAUACCGCGAAACUGUUAUCCAAGUGUCUGGACACCAAUACCGCGUCGACAACCUAUGGGGACAUCGCAUUCCUCGCCCUGGGAACAUGGGGCAGAAACUUCGUCGAAGCUCUAUUCAUUCUGGAGCUCACAGCAGCGAACGUGGCACUAGUCAUCCUGUUCGGUGACAGUAUGAACUCCCUUUUCCCAGUACUCGAGGUAAAUGCAUGGAAGGCAGUCAUUUCCCUCGGCUUGAUCCCUCUCAAUUUUGUCCCCUUCAAGACAUUGAGCUUCAGCAGCGUCAUCGGCAUUUUCUGUUGCUUUGGCAUCGUCACGAUUGUUUUUGCCGACGGACUGAUCAAGCCCGGUAGCCCCGGCUCGCUGAGACAACCGGCUCAAACGUAUGCUUUUCCGGAGAACUGGAAGACGGUCCCUCUCAGUCUGGGUCUGUUCAUGUCACCUUGGGGAGGCCACAGCGUCUUCCCAGCUGUCUACAAAGACAUGCGCCAUCCGCACAAGUAUGGCAAGGCCUUGAAGUACACCUAUACCUUCACGUAUGGUCUUGAUCUUACCAUGGCGGUCCUUGGGUACUUGAUGUUUGGCGACAAAGUUCAAGACGAAGUUACGUCUAACAUACUCCGAUCCACUGCGUACCCACAGGUAUUGUCUGCGAUUGUUGUUGUGCUUAUCGCCAUCAUCCCGAUCACCAAGAUUCCACUGUCCAACCGCCCGAUGAUGGAUACGAUCAACAAAAAAUUCUACAUCGACCUGCGACAGAUGGACCCCAAGGCUCGAGCGCACAGUGAAAAGAGCUUCAAGCAUCGUUUCGCGCGGGGCAUUGUGGGUGUCAUUGUCAACGUGUUCAUUCUUGGUGUCUCCAUCGGCCUCCCAGAUUUUGACAGUGUUAUGGCUCUUAUGGGCUCGGGACUGUGUUUCACCAUUUGUAUCAUUUUGCCAAUCGUUUUCUACUUGACGAUUUUCAGCAGCGAGGGUAGCGCAGUCAGCAUAUUUGAAAGGGUACUCGGGUGGUUCCUCGUCAUACUGUGCAUCAUUCUGGCGAUACUGGGGACUGUAUUUGCUAUCUUGCCGAAGGAGACGAUUGGGAUCCCAACGUAGGGAUUGAUGUUGUGCAGGGCAAAAUGACCUAUCGAACGAUACAUGGAAACAGGCCAUAGAAGCGUAAUCAGCUUCGUCUUCAAGGUAGAUAUCACUUAUUGUAA